AUGCUUCCACAACCCGAAGGCACACUUCACUACCGAACAAUCCCCUUUAAUUUCACCGAUCACUUGACGGCAUCCAACGUAUUUCAGCCACUGCCAAAUGCAUUCUCGCCACAAGAACGCAUGGUGUUGCAAACUUCAGGGCAAUUACAACGUCUUUUAUCGGCAUUCUUUAAUGCACCGAGCCGUGUAGAAAUACUCUAUAAUGACAUUGUGCCUUAUCAAUCGUCGCCAUUUUUAUCAGAUGAUGAAGAUGAGAGCGUAUCCAAUGUUACUACAACCGACAUCUUAAAUGAUCAUCAAGAAGGUUUAACGACCAAUACAAGGAAGGAUACCCCAUCAAGUAGCAAGCUUGACAUGUGCUUUGAACGCAAGAUUUGUAUGUACUUUGGUGACCGGAUGGCGUAUGAAGCUGAAUCCAUGGUGAUUCCACGAACCAGCGAAACUUUGGACUUGCUCGCAGUACACCAUUAUGGACUUGGUCAAAUAUUUGCUCAUCAGCAACGUUCUCCUGAUUUUACUUUGCAUGCUGUGGGACGACAUGGAGAUCAUCCUGGCUGCAGCUUUUGGAGGGACUAUUCACUCGCUAUCCCUGGUAUCAUUGAUUGCUAUAUCCGUGAGACGUUUGUGGAAGGGUUGCUCGAUGACGUUGAUGAUAUCAAAAGGGAUAGCUACAGCCAAAGACGUAGCCAUGGCAACGGCACAAUUUGGUACAAUGCUGCCGAUCCUAAUAAUAGUAAUACUAAUACGUAG